AUGGUCCGAAACAUCGUAGUCCUCGGCGGUAACUCGCAUCCAGCCUUGGUCGAAAGCGUGUGCAACAUGCUCGGCCUUCCUGCCUGCAACCGCGUUUUGACCAAGUUCUCUUCGGGCGAAAGCCGCUGUGAGAUCCAGGACUCGGUGCGCGGAAAAGAUGUCUACAUCAUCCAGACAGGCUUUGGCGGCAAUGGCAGCAAGCUCAACGACCACUUCAUGGAUCUUUGCAUCAUGAUAUCGGCCUGCAAGACAGGAUCAGCGCGGAGGGUCACGGCCGUUCUGCCUCUCUUCCCCUAUUCGAGACAGCCUGACCUCCCCUACAAAAAGUCCGGCGCGCCUCUCUUUAAGGCGAGUUCCGAGGCCGGCAAGAAGGACUAUACCUUCGACAGCGUCCCGGCCACGCCAGCGCCCGGCCUACCCAGGAGUGCCGGCCUUAUCAAUGGCAGUGAUAUCACAAGCCGACUGGCAAAGACGGCAUUGACCAAUGGGACGGGCUCCAUGUCUCCUGUUAAACAGACCAAUGGCGAUGGUUUCUUCCAUGGAGUGAAUGGCCAGGGCCUCCAAACCCCAGGUUUCACGACGCACGACUACGAGAACGGGUCACAUAUUGGGGCGUUCCAAGCGAAACCCGGGUAUAAGCAGUGGGUUGCGCAGGCAGGGACACUGGUGGCCAACCUCUUGACCUGCGCUGGCGCGGACCAUGUGAUCACCAUGGACCUGCACGACCCUCAAGUCCAAGGGUUCUUCGAUGUUCCUGUCGACAACCUGUACGGUAGGCCUCUUCUUAAGCGGUACAUCACGACACACAUUCCGAAUUAUAAAGAGGCUGUUAUCAUCAGCCCGGAUGCCGGCGGCGCGAAGCGGGCCACGGCCAUUGCAGACAGUUUGGGCAUGGACUUUGCCCUCAUCCACAAGGAGCGUCGCCCCACAAAGAUCACAGACCGGCAAAAUGCGAGUAUGAUGCUUGUUGGCAAUGUGGCAGAUCGUGUCUGCAUCCUUGUCGACGACUUGCUCGACACUGGCAACACCAUCACCCGUGCCGCUAAGCUUCUCAAGAAGGAGGGCGCAACAACCAUAUAUGCGCUCCUCACCCACGGUGUCUUCAGCGGGGAUGCCAUCAACCGGGUCAAGGCUUCAGCCAUCGACAAGGUUGUGGUGACCAACUCGGUGCCGCAGGACGAGCAUAAAGCGCUGCUGGGAUCCAAACUCGACAUCCUGGACAUCUCGCCCAUCUUCGCCGAGGCCGUCAGGCGGGUCCACCAUGGAGAAUCCAUCAGUGUCCUUUUCAACUACGAUUAA